AUGCGAUCCUCUAUCCGCCUCCUAGCUUCCGUCCAGCGGAGUGCCGCCACUUACCUAGAGCCUGGCGCGCCAACAGGCAUCACCGGCCUCGCCACAGCAGCAUCGCCGCGCAGCACACUCCUCUACCUCUACCACUCAACACUGCAGAAACUGGCCAAGUUCCCUGCACACUCCGUGUACCGUCAAUCCACCGAAGCUCUCACCAAGCAGCGAAUGGCAAUUGUAGAAUCGACAAUCCCAGCUGGACUUGCAGAAUGGCAGCAACGGAUUGCGCCUGUUGUCGAAUCCAACCCAGAAGCCUUCCGAAAGAUCCCUGCCAUCUCGCCCGCGUCCCCUGGAGACUUCAACAUUGUUUGGAAGGAUGCUCAGGUGGUUCCCUCAAAGAAGGGAAAGUUUGACCAGGAUGAGUGGGAUGGCGAGACUGUGGGGCAGCCCAUGCCGGAGGGACCACGAAAUCUUGAGGAGAAGAGAUUCCAAGGACGGCAAAUGUCAAGAGAUCCUGUGGCGUUGGCCCAAAAGGUCCCAGAGAUUGAGGCAGAGCCACAAUUGACCGCCGAGCAGAUCAAUGAGAUGGAGUCGAAGAUCGGUGCGGGCUUGAUCGAGGAAGUAAUUCAGGUUGCCGAGGGCGAGACCAAGUUGGCGGAUGUACUGUUGGAGGCGCAGGUAUGGGAAGAUCUCGAGGAGAAGCCGCAAGACAACCAGUGGACGUACCAUGAGCGCGACACGCACGCAAAGACGCAGGCGCCAUGA